AUGGCUGAUAGUCAGAAAGAAGCGGAAAUGGAUAACAAGAAGGCAACUGAGGGCCAUUCAAAUGGUGGAAUCCCCCCAGAAGAGGACAAAAAGGAUCCAAAAGCUGACAAAACGACUUCUGAGGGACCUCCGGACGAAGCUGGGGCGGAUGAGGCUCAUGAGGAAACAUCAGAAACCUCCAAUGCCAACAAAAAUGAGGCCAAGAGCAGCGACAAGGACGAUUCAAAUCAAGGAGAAACCACUGCUGAAGAUGCCAAGUCGUCAGAGGAUAAUAAUGACGAAACGGACGAGCCGGUCAGUAAUGAUGUAGAUUCCAAGCCUAGCUCUCCUGAAACAAAAGACAUCAAACCGAGUGGACCCAAGGAUCCCCAUGUUGGCAAAACGAUGGAAAAGCAGAUGCUUUUACCCUCUGGAUACCCGUCAACGCUCGAGGGAAAGGUUGUCGCCUAUCAAGAGCCAUCUGGAAGACUGCCUCCGCGCUGGAAAGUGGAGUUUGCAGCACCGGGAGUACGCAUCGAAGAGGAAUACACACUAGAUGAAUUGAAUGCAGCCACCGAUGGUGCCGAAGUAGAAGCUGCGCCUGGACCAGCAUUGAGUGCAAUUGAAGAACGCCAUCGGGACCACCUUGUCCAUUCUCUCGUAAACAGUGACUUGAUGGCAACAUUGCUGGUGUAUGCUGCCUUGGAAGAAGCACUACAAAGCCUCUUACAAGAACAACAGGAGAACCCAGCACAAUCGUCAUCGUCGUCGUCCAAAGGUGGUCGGGGCAAAAAGAAUAUUCACCCUCCCUUGUACUAUACCAAGAAUCCAUCCUCCUACUUGCAAGCACCUACCGCAACUGAUACAACUCCUUCACAAUCCUCCAACAGUGUUCAGUUCACCCCGGCUAGUUUGGCACAGCGAGUGCGAGCAGGCGCUGAAUGGGCCUGGAGCUUACUCGAAGCUAAGAAACCACCACCACCAGUCAUUGAAGGUCCCGGGCGUCCGCGUCGGUCCAGUCGGCAACCGACCAAACCAGCCGAUGAUCAAAUCAAUCAUCCAAACCCAGUCCAACGUGGAGGUCGAGUGGCAAUGUGGCUCCUGCACAAGUUAGAAGACGAAUCCAAGAAAGGUGAAGAGAGAGAACAGGCAGGACCAGUCAAGGUGAAGUCUGCUUCUCCAACGAAAGAAGCAAAGAAAGAAAAAAACGAGCAUUCUACCGAACCGGAACCUAAGGAAGAACCCACCGAAGAUGAUGAGGAAAAAGAAGCCCAGGCUACUUUGGAAGAGGAAGAAUCCAUUCCAGAGUCAAAGUCGAAAGAGGAUGACGACGAAGACUUUGAUGACAUGGAUGUCGAGGACGAGGACGACGAAGAGCUUGAAGGUGUCGAGGUGGAACGUGGGCGUCUCAGCCCCGUCCAUGGCAGUGACGAUGAUGAAGAAGAGGAAGAAGACAUUGAAGAUGCCAUUCUCUUUGAAAAUCCAUACUUCGAACCUGGUUUCGAAUCCAUCUUGGAACAUCUGGCUCGCCCAAGAGUCAUUUCGGGAGAGAUGGUUCAAGAGGCCUUGUGCGAGGCAAUUCUUCGAGUCAAGCAUAACAAGAGAGCUGCCGAACACGGCGUGGCGACAUCCGAACUGGAGUCGAUUGAUGAAUUUGUUCUUGAUCAAGAGGCCCCAGACUUUCCAGUCGGAAAGGUUGUGGUGAAAUGUAUUUCCGGCGAAUCCUUUGGCGACCUCAAGAACCUCGAUGCACAGACAUUCUCUCGUUGCAAGUUCGUCUUGGAUGUUGUUGGUGAUCAAGAAAAGUCACACCAAUCGAAGCGACAGGAAGAAUUGCUGGAGCAGGAACUUAUUUUCAAGGAGCAAAAGGCAUGGGAAAAGUGGCGAUUCCGAGGUAUCAAUGAAGGCUGCUCGAAUUGGUCGUCUUGGAUUGACACCAUUUCAGAAUUUGCCAAGGGGAAGUAUGGCCAAUCGGGUGCUAUUGAAACUGAAGCGGCUUCGUCCAGUGCCAUGGAAACCAAGGACGAUGACGAAACUCUUGCGAAAAAGCUAGAAAUUGCCGAGGAAGAACCAAGCGGUCGUCGCCGUACACGAAGAGCAGCCAACCCUGGCUCCUCUGAGGGUGUAUUCUACGGCAACCAAUCCCAACUGACACAGAAGCAGCUCAUGGAUGCGUUGCUCCGAUUGAUCAAGGCGAAUCAAUGUCAAACUCUAUUGGGUCUUCAACAAGUAGUUGCCGAAGACUCGUCUGAUCCAAUCCGAAGAUGUCGUGCUGGCCUUGGAAAGCUACUUUGGAAGCAAAACCGGAUUGUACGAUUGGAAACAUCAACGGACCUAAGUGACUCGGAAGCCUUGAAAGAGCUUUCCAAAACUCAAUUACUGACAAUUGAAGAAGAAAAGGAUGACGAUGAGGAUGAGGAUGAAACGAAAGACGAGAAACCUUACGAAUUGUCAGACGCACAGAAGGCACUUGUUGCCUAUAUGAAGGAACUUCACGUGACUGAAUUGCGUCUUCGUCAACUCAUCCUCCGAAAUUUGGCAGAAACCCCUUUAGCAAUCAUUGCCACUGCAGCGGACGAACGUCUGACCUCAUCGGAUGCUUUGGACGGUUCCCAAUUUGAGGACGAAUCUUCCGUCGAAUGGUUCACCGAAGGGCACGAUUUCAUUGGCAAACUACUCUGUCGUCCAGAAGCUGUAGAAGGGACAACUGACAUGACCGAGUGCGUAUGGUUCCGGAUACGUGACUACUCCAAGAGUGUCAAGUCAGAAGGAGAAGAAGCUGCCGAGAACCCUCUUCUGAUGAGGCGGAGAAUGAGAUUCCGUGCGGAAGCAGCAGCUCCACCUGGUGCUGACUACACGUAUGAAGGAGACAUGGUACUCCUGACGGAGGCACAAGUGAAAGCUGGGCUGAAGGCUGCAGAAAUCGAGAAAAAGAGAAUUGAAGCGGAAGCGGCUGAUGGAAACCCAUUUUCUGGUGGCUCUGGGGACAAAGUUUCUCUGGUUCCUUUAGAAAUUGAUGAAGGGAUGGAUUCAGCUGAGGACGAAGAAAUCGGGGGCCGAAUCAUCGGACAUGACACUGUUCUCGAUGACGAUGAUGUUGAGCAUAGGAUUUUGUUCCUCCCCGAUGCAUCGCGAGGGGAACAAAAGGCAUCAUUUUGGGCAACCCUGGAUGUCCGUGCUGACACGUCUACCUUCAUCUGCCAACCUUCUGGCUCGACGCUAUGGUAUUCGAUCGAACACUUCGAUUAUAACCCUGGAACAGACGCAUUCAGAGAAUGUCAGAACAUUGUGAAGUACCUACAGAGACAAAGCAAAAUCGGUCCUUUCUUGGAGCCAGUAGAUCCUGUUGCACUGAACAUCCCAAAUUACUUUUCCGUCAUCAAGAAUCCGAUGGACGUAUCCACCCUCUCGGAGAAGCUCGAAAACGGACACUAUUCAAGCGUCCCCCCAGGUCAAUCGUCAUUGAAAUCACCAACCGCUCGUAUGCUGAAUGGCCCCUUUCGAAAGGAUGUCGAACUUAUUUUUGACAAUGCAAUGACAUUCAAUCCUCCGGACGAUUGGAUCCAUGUCGCAGCAUCGGCAGUGAAAAGGAAUGUGCUCAAGAAAAUCGCUGACAUUUCUUUUACAGCUGACCAAAAAAGUGGAGGUGGACGCUCGCGACAGAGAAGAAGUGUCUAUGUUGAUGAUGGCUCCGAUGUCGACAUGUAUGAAUACGAAAGUGACGAAGAUGACGAAUACGAUGGUGGACGAAAGAGAAAACGAAAGGGAAAGCGAAAGAUGGUCAAGGACGAAUAUCACUCCCGAGCAAUUGAAAACGCCAUUCGUCUUCAAGCAACGCUCCGAGAGGCAAAUGAUCUGAGAGGACCGUUUGCAAAUCUUCCAAUCAACAUGGAAGUGUCUUCUUUUUCCCUGCAGCCAAAAUGGAGUUGUCGGCCAUCGCAACAACAUAAGGAAGUUGUGGAAGAGUCUAACGAGGAGCGUUCUCAAGAGAUUGCCGAGCUCCUGGAACUGCAGAAAGAGGUUGCUGUAACGGAGGUUGCUGGAUUGCGACGAUCCACUCGUGCCCAUGCCGAACCGACUACUAGACGAUCCGCAGCCAAAGACUUGAAGGUGGGUUUCUUAUCGUCGGUGGAAGAGGAACACAGCGUAAGUGGAGAUGUGACACCUCUGCCGCAAACUCGCUUGGACGUGGAAAUGCAUCAAGAGAAGUGCCAUGAAGAAUUCUACGCACCACUGUAUCGAACACACGCCUCCAUGAUCACAACGACCAACGAAAAGGGUGUUGGGGAGUACAUGAAUGGGUCAUUCCCGCCCUACUUGGGAAGAGUUGUUCCUAUCGGACCGGAUGAGGUCUCCUGGGAGAUUCGUGAUCAGUUUCUCGUCCCAGCGAUACGUUGGGUGCUCCGAGGCCUGAUGCGAUCCGGCCAUGUUUCUGCUAUUGAACCAAUGGUAGUGAAUCAGUCUCCUGGCAUUAUCAUUGCAAAUCAUGUGUACUGCUACGAUUCCAAUCUGAAGCCCUUUGAGCUACUCGAUGUCAAGGAAUUGCAACGAGAAAAGCGAGGAAACCGAGCAGCUGAUGAAUCUGAAAGCGAAGAUGAAGUUGAGCUUAGCGAAUACGAACAACUUCGAGCCCAGCGUGUGGCUCGAAAUGCUGAGCGUCUGAAGAUGCUUGGGUUGGCUUAG